AUGGUCUUGGAGAAAGAGGAAGACGCUAUAGAGCCCGUGAGUCCUACUGGACAGUACUGCAACAGCUCGGCUCUAAACGUCUCCGUUCUUGGUGUUUUCGAGACUGAAGUUCCCAUUGAUGACUCAAAAACUAUCUCUUUCCUCACGGAUGUUUUUCUCCCCAUCAACCCACGUUUCUCACCCAGUCAAUACUAUAUGUCGGCCUCCAAAUCCAAGCUGUUCAUUAUGUUGCCGGGAUCUCCUCACUUGUGUCAGGUGAAGAUACAGGUUAUUGAUGAGAAUGGUGAAAAAAGAUGGAAGAAGGUGGAAGUGAAGCUCAAAGACCAUGUUUAUGUCCCCAUUUUCCCAGCAGAAAUGUCACCACAAUUUUAUGACAAGUACGUCGAAGAUUACUUCUCAAAACUAUUAUUGUCACAACUUCCACAAAGCCAACCCUUAUGGGAAAUUCAUUUCAUCAAAUAUCCCACAAGUAAUGAAGCUGGCACUGUAAUAUUCAAGAUCCACCAUUCAAUUGGAGAUGGUUACUCUCUUAUGGGGGCUCUUCUUUCAUGUCUACAAAGAGCUGAUAACCCUUCUCUUCCCUUGACACUACCUUCUGUCGAACCACGCGUAGACACAUCUGGUGAUCAUGAUACCAUCUUUAAGACUGUGCCCAAGAUUCUCUCUUUGAUGUUCUACAUUGUGUCUGGUUUUUCAAGAAGCCUUAUAAAGAGCAGUUUAGUUGAAGAUGAUCUAUCUCCAAUCCGAUCAGGAGAUAUUAGAAUUGAGUUUCAUCCAAUUACUCUUACCUUGAUGAUAUUCUCUCGUGGUCAAAUUAAACAAAUUAAGACUAUUUUUGGUGUG